AGUGGGUCUUCCGGACGCUUCCAUUCAAACAUCAGUUCAGCAUUUCAACGACAACAGCUGGAUUUUCUUCCCAACCCCCCAGUAAUUCCGUAAAUGUCUUCUUAUUUACUGAAGCAUCUGCCUAAUAGAGUAAGUCAAGUGCUCACCCAGUCAUACUUUACUGUCCAAACUUGGAGAUCUGUCGGCUUCCGAGGGUCACACAGUUCUGCUGAUUUUGCCAGACUCAAAACAAUGGAUGUGAAGAUUCUACCGGCUCUUCAGGACAACUACAUGUACCUGAUUAUUGACAAGGCCACUAAGGAUGCGGCAAUUGUGGAUCCAGUAGAUCCAGGAUCGGUGCUUGCUGCCGUUGAUGAGGAGAAGGUCAACUUGGUGAAAGUUUUAACGACGCACCAUCAUUGGGAUCAUGCCGGAGGGAAUGAGAAGCUGGUCAAGGAUUUCAAGGGAAAUACUCUGGAAGUUUUCGGUGGAGAUGAGAGGAUUGGAGCUCUAACGAAGAAAGUAAUCGAUGGAGAUACCUUCAAGAUAGGAAACUUGAAUGUUCGCUGCCUCUUCACUCCUUGCCACACAACUGGUCACAUCUGCUACUAUGUCCAAUCCGGAGAUGAGGGGGCAGUUUUCACAGGAGACACUUUGUUCAGUGCCGGCUGUGGGCGCUUCUUUGAGGGCACUCCACAGCAAAUGUACACAGCUCUGGUGGAUAAACUGUCUGCUCUUCCGGAUGACACUAAAGUCUUCUGUGGGCAUGAGUACACAGCAUCCAAUCUUAAGUUCGCUCAGCAUGUAGAACCCCAGAACCCGGCUGUUGAGCAGAGAAUCCAGUGGACAAAGGAGAGACGCGAUGCUAAACUUCCAACUGUCCCUUCUACAAUUGGAGAAGAGAAGUCCUUCAAUCCCUUCAUGAGAGUCAACGAGAAGAGUGUUCAGGAGCACGCUAAGGAAUCUGAUGGCGUCGCUACAAUGGGAUUCCUCAGGCGUGAGAAGGAUUCCUUCAAGGCCUAAUUUCUUUUAUCUGUUUUUGGUGCAGGGAAUACUCCUUUUCUAUUUUUUUCUAUAUCUUGCUCGAAAAGACCAAUAAAACUUGGAGAAAGUCACUUUUCCCAAA